CUUACAGGGAAUUAUGGGAAAGACGAGUUGCUACUCCUCGCUCACUUUACUCGAAGCUUUCACGCCGACCGAAAGAAUGAACGUCAGCGACUUACAACCGCCGGUGGUCCCGCCUCCCAGCGGGGCAACCCUCGACUCCGACCUCCACUCCGACCUCCACUCCGACGUCGACCGGCCUUUCCGAGUCCUCAUUCUAGGAGACGGCAACUUCUCCUUCUCCCUCGCCUUAUGCCGCCUGCUGUUUCCCAAACCGGUCGCUCACAGCGCCAUAUCCCACUCGCACUCGAAACCUCACUCGGAUGUGCAUUCCCUCCCUUACAACCGCAUCCCUCUCGCCCUACUCGGCCUCCUACCUUCCUCCACCGCAGCAACAACCCCACAACCCCGCCGUCGCAUCCUAAUCACCUCAACCUCCUUCGACGACCGUACAGAGCUCCUCGGCAAAUACCCCGAAAGCCGCGAAAUCCUCGAAUCACUGCAAGGCGACUGGCUCCGGAACGUAUGCGGGGUCGAAGUCCGCCACGGUGUCAACGCCUGGGAGUUGAGCAAAGCCUUUGAGAACCAGCUCGCGGAAGCAGAGGGAUUCGAUUGCGUGAUCUGGAAUCACCCGCAUCUAGGAACGGAGGAUUUCCGGCUCCAUCGGUUCCUUAUGGCGCAUUUCUUCGAUUCCGUCGCGUCCGUGCUGCGUAGACAUCCUCUUGCAUCCGUAUGUGUGUCGCUGGUCGAUGGUCAGGAGACGCGCUGGGAUGUCGUGGCACAGGCGGCUCGGUCGGAAUUGCGGUUGAACCAGGUAGCGAUGUUUGAUGAGCGGUUAUGGCCGGGAUACGUGGUUAAGCGGAACAAGCACGGCGGGAGUUUUAAGAACGGCUUGACGAGGCGGAACCACCAUAGCGAGAUGAAGAGUCGGUUGUUCAGGUUUGGAUGGGGAGAGGGGAAGGUCGUGUGGAAGGGGAUGGAGGAGACUUCCGUGGAUGCUCUCUUGGUCCCUGGCCUAGACGACGGUUUGGAAGCUCCCACCGAGACAUCACAAACGAACGGAACGACCACCGGUCCCCAUCCCAAACCCCCAAAACCCACCCUCGACAUAACCCCCAGCAGCCCCGCCUCCACAACCCCCACCUCCCGCCACACCGCCAAACAACGCCGCCUCGCCCUCAUCCCCGCCUCCCUAACCUGCCCACACUGCCUCAAACAACUCGACACAGCCCGCGGAUACACCCAACACGUCCACAUGGUGCACACCCUCCAGAAAUUCGGCGCGGACUGGUCACCCGAUAAAGACGCGGCGAAGAAAUAUAAGUGUGAGAAGGAUGGGUGCGAGAGGCUGUUUGCGACGGGGGAUGCGAGACGGCAGCAUUGGGUGAAUAGACAUACGACGGUUGGGAGGGAGGAGUUGCCUGUGCAGGUGGGGAACUUGGAACCGAAUCCGCGGCCUUCACAGAUGUUGCCGCAUCCCCCUGCUGAUGAUGCGGUAACGGCAGAUACGAUCGAUACAACCCCCGCAGCAGACUACGACUACACACCCUGCCCCAUCUGCGGUCAAGCGGUCGUGCGGCGUUCCUGGGGGAUGCAGCUCCAUCUCGAGACGCUUAAACCCGCUGUGGGAUUGAACAUGCAGUGUCCUUUAUGUGUCGCGGAUGGGAAUGGGAAAGGGAGUGGGAAGGUGAGGGGCUUUAUUGAGAGCAGGGCGUUGUUUCAGCAUUAUAAGUUUUGUAGGGAGGCGAGGAAGGUGCGGGUGGAGGGUGGGGAAGGAGAGCCGGCGGUUUAAGGUUACUGCCUUCAGGUGUCGUGAUUGGAAUCACGUAGCAGGGACGAACUUUGUUGUGACAUAGAUUAUGUAAGACAUAUAGAAACUGGAGACGGUGUGCCAGGGGAGUGGUCUGUCACAUAUGGAGGUGUAUUUCGAUCUCUCCACAAUUCGAAUAAGGCCUAACUGCACAUCCAUACAUCCGUACAUCCCUCCA